AGCAGCCUCAUAUCUACGGGGUUUCCUCAAAGUGACAUCUUCCGUGUUCUAUUGUGCUCCUACACACACAGCUGCGCGCUCUCUGAAACCUCACCAUAUUCUGAGGUCUCUCGGCAUAUACAUAUCAAAACUCGAGAUGGCGCCCGUACGCACAAAGAAACGUGUUUCGAGAGCGUCUCCGGCACCGCGCUCUCCAGCAGCAGCGGAAAAUCACUUCAUACCAACCAAAACCGGCACGCCCACACGGAAGAGUCCGUUGAAGCAGAGGAGAGGGAUUACUCUUGAGCAAAAACAGGCUAUAAUAGAGAAUCUGCAACUGGAGAUUACGGACCGUGCAAGGAGGUUAAGGGCCCAAUACCACGCGCGAGCCCAGAGUCUACGGACACGAGUGGAAAUGCGCGUUAAUCGCGUGCCAAGGUCCCUUCUUCGCGUCACCAUGGAAGAUUUGGUAGCCAAAUGCGUUGAGGACCAGAAGAGAAGACUUCUCGCAACAUCGCGGCCACCCCCUGUACCAGAGAAAGACCUCCCUCGGCGAACUAGUCCCGUGAAGGCUUCUCACGCCUUGCAGGGCUCCCCGAGAUCGCGCAAGCGCCUCAGCGACGCGAUAACAAGUGGGGACAAGGAAAACCAGGCCAACGAGAUGGAUUAUCCUAAGAAGAAACACCGGACGGGACCUAUGAUCCCCUCAUCCUUGGCCGGAACCGGCCAAGUUCUCUCUCCUACGUCGACCAAUGUCCGGCAGGCGAUUCGCGACCGACCGCCUCCUUCUCCUUCAAAGACACAGAUUUCCAGGCCAGCCUCGCCGCUGAAAGCGCCUACUACGGCCCGUGCGGCAUUGGCGAGCGUGGUGGAGAAAGCCAAGACAACACGUCCUAUCGGCAUGAGAAAGGCGACGACAUCGUCGACCACCAGCUCCGUCGCAACGACGUCCACUACUGCGAAACGGACGAGGAGAGCCGCGGCGCCCUCCUCUUCUAAGCCACCGACGUCACGACCCGCGACACGUACGGGACGGCGAGCCAGCGUGUCUAGUGAUGGGAGCACUUCAACGGUUGUGAAGAAAGCGGGGACGGCAUCGAAAGUCGCGUCGGCUGCUACAAGAGCCGCGACGGGGACCGUACGAAAGGCUGGCACGGGAAGUACCGCAACGAAGACUACCGCGGCGGCGGCUGCCAAAAAGUCCACCGCGGCAUCUGCAUCCGGGUCUACGCGCGUUCUGCGAAAGAGAGGAUAGAAAAGGACAGCAUAGAAGAGGGGCCCCCUCGCCAAGACUAGGAGCCGGAAAAGCCACUAUUGUUUUGGGGCUGCUGUGGGAAGUAGAGUUCGGAAACGGAGGAGGAUUCAUCCGUGUGGGCAGCUUUUUCUU